AUGAAGAACUUAAAAGAGUUAAUAACUGUUAUUUCAGGGUUCCAACAGAAAUGGAACUUUCCAAAUUGUGGAGGUGCUAUAGAUGCAACACACAUUCCAAUUGUGGCCCCGCAGCAGUUCCACUCUGAUACUGUGAAUAGAAAAGGGUUCUAUUCAAUUAUCAUGCAAGCUGUUUGCGAUGAUAAGUACAGGUUCACUGAUGUCUGCAUAGGCUGGCCAGGUAGAGUUCACGAUGCCCGGGUGUUCUCAAACUCUAAGCUGAGGGCUUUGGCAGAUAGUGGUGAUAUAUUACCGCAAACAGCAGAGAUGAUGGACAGUGUAGGCCCUGCUGAUCAUAAAGUGGAUAUGCCCGUUGUCCUCAUCGCAGACCCUGCGUACCCUAUGUGUCCUUGGCUACUGAAACCAUAUAGCAACAGAGGGGCUCUCACAGAAGAACAAUCUUACUUCAACUACAGACUGAGCAGUGCACGCAUGACUAUUGAAAACACAUUUGGCCGCCUUAAGGGACGAUGGAGACGUUUCUCUAAGCGCAUUUAUGUGCAUGUGGAGUUUGUGCCAGUACUUACUGCAGCUUCACAACAUGUGCGAAAAUGA